AACAACUCUUGAUAAUCCAACUGCUCAGUCAACCAGAUUAAAGAACAGAACAGGUACGAUGUGGCCUGCGGGCCAUACAUUGCCCAUCCCUGGGCUAACAUCUCAAACAGCUAAAUACACUUCAUUUUGUGUAAUUAACACACACACACUCACACACACACACACAGUGUCAAUAGAUGAUGUGUCCUGACCGCAUGUCAUACUAUUGGCAAUUGCAGCAGGUGUGUGGUCACAUGAUCGCUCCCAUACACGAGCGGCACGGCGUCAUGAAGCUUCUGAAUGUGACCUGCGGAAUGAAACUCCCGCCAUUGUUUGGCUAACACACAAAGAACAUUCCCACCCCCUGCGUAAACCAGCAACCUCUGUGGCGUCAACGCAUGGAGACAGUGUCGCUAUAGUUUUCCUUUACUGCUCUUUUCAUGCUGACUGUGAGAAUUCGUGAGCCUAACAUGUAUGCGCAUGUAGGAUGUGGUAGGAUGUUGCUGAGGAGCUAACUGCUACACUGGUAGCUAAAACAUUCACAAAUCCAUCUUUUAUCAAUAGCUGGAGGUGAAAAAGACUGUUCAGCAGUGCGACAUGACAGAGGAGGCUUUUGUAAAUGUUUCAUUUCCAGUUUUGAAGGAACUGGAAAAUAAGGUUGGCCGUAAAAUACCUGAAAGUCUUCUGCUUUGGAUGAGGAACGCCGCAGACUCGGAAGAUGGUGAGAUAGAGGACCAAAACUACCUUUUCGGAGAUUCUUUUGCCAACAAAUUGAGCAACCUUAAAAAAGAGAUGAGGUGGAUGCGCUCCGCGGACGUGAGGAUUCUACGCCAGCUGGUCGCCGUGCACGAGGGUAUAGAGUCCAUGCAUUGGCUCAUGACGGAGCGGAGCACCUCGGCCAGUCGUGACAGCAGCCUGGCAGGAAGUAUCAGCAGCCUGGUGGCAGUAGAGGAGCAUGCACACUCGCUAUCUCCAUGCAGGGACAUUCCAAGGUCAACGUAUCCCAAAGAUUUGCCUGAUAGCUUUAGUCAAGUACCAUCAGAUCCAUCGCACACUGACAGUGACCACUCACAUCUACGGAGCUGUGCUGAAAAUCCAAGGCAAGAGUCCAGCCCAUCCACAGACUGUUUAGCUCAGACCGACUUCCAAGUGUCCCAACUCCAGGAUUCAGAAGCUCGGCCUUCACAGGACCUGAAGGAGGAUGCCAACCCAGUUAAAGAAGUUCAUCUCGGCUGUAACAGCUUUGACCUUAUUGAAGGGUCACAAGAGACAAAGCAACAAACUCACUACAGCAUAGCAGAGGAGGAGGAGAAGAUGAUGGCGGUUUUGUUUGGGUAUGAUGCUCAGUGGUGCUGGAUAGAGUCACAGGAUGAUGUGACAUUUUUAUGAUCUGUCAAAUACAUACCUCUGUAAUGUGAGCCUAUUUUUGGGUCCGAUAAAAAAAAUGCAACCUGUAUUGUCGUGAAUAAAUUAAUAUACAGUUCUGUAAAUGCGAAAAAAAAGAGAUUGGUUGACUUCUCCUGUCUCAUGUAAAUCCAUUUCAAUUUCAAGCGGCGACUCUCAUAUCCUUCUGAACUGCGUGGCUAGAAAACAGAGACCGAUUCAGCCCUCACUGCUCAUAUUCAAAUGAUCAACAUCCACAACUCACACGUGCAAUCAUGACUUUAAUAUUGCUUUGUCAAUAAAUAAUUCCAAAAUUGUA